CAAAAACGCUUCGUCCCGCAGGGGAUUCGCCGCGGUCCCCACGGGCAUGAGCAGCUGCAUCCCUAAAAAUGGAAAUCACUGCUCCUGCAACAUCCAAGUGCAUUAUAUACUGGAAAAGAAAAGUCAAGUCAGAAUAUAUGCGUCUUCGUCAGCUCAAGAGAUUUCAGGCAAAUAUGGGAGCUAAGGCUCUGUUUGUGGCCAAUUUUGUGAAAGUUCAUGAAAAAACUCAAAUUCUCAAUGAAGACUGGAAGAAGCUUCGAGUCCAACCCGUGCAGUUAAUGAAGCCGGUCAGCGGACACCCUUUCCUGAAGCAGUGCACUGUUGAGAGCAUUUUUCCAGGAUUUCCAAGUCAGACGCUCUACAUGAGAACCCUGAACACAGUGGCAUUGGUGCCUAUUAUGUAUUCCUGGUCCCCUCUUCAGCAGAAUUUCAUGGUGGAGGAUGAAACCGUUCUGUGCAAUAUCCCUUACAUGGGAGACGAGGUGAAGGAAGAAGACGAAACCUUCAUCGAAGAGCUUAUUAAUAACUAUGAUGGGAAAGUUCAUGGAGAGGAAGAAAUGAUUUCAGGAUCCGUGCUCAUCAGCGAUGCUGUGUUCCUGGAGCUGGUGAACGCCUUGAAUCAGUACUCGGAUGAGGAAGAGGAAGGACACAACGAUCCUGAGGUGAAGCAGGAGGACGGGAAGGAGGAGCUGCCAGUCACAAGGAAAAGGAAACGAGUCGCGGCAGAAGGUAACAAAAAGUGUUCUAAGAAGCGCUUUCCAAAUGACAUGAUCUUCACUGCGAUUUCUUCCAUGUUUCCUGAAUAUGGCUUCCCGGAUGACAUGAAAGAGAGGUACCGAGAGCUUACGGAAGUCUCUGACCCCAAUGUGCUGCCCCCGCAGUGCACCCCCAACAUCGAUGGCCCCUGUGCAAAGUCGGUGCAGCGGGAGCAAUCCCUGCACUCCUUCCACACGCUCUUCUGCCGGCGCUGCUUCAAAUACGACUGUUUUCUGCAUCCUUUUCAUGCUACUCCUAAUGUGUACAAACGAAAGAACAGAGAGACCAAGAUUGAGCCAGACCCUUGCGGGGCAGACUGCUUCCUCUGGCUGGAAGGAGCCAAGGAGUUUGCGGCGCUGCACAACCCCAGGUCCAAGUGCUCAGGCCGGCGCCGCCGGAGGCACCAUGUGGUGAGCGCCUCCUGCUCCAACACGCUGGCGUCCACGGUUGCUGAGACGAGGGAGGGAGACAGCGACAGAGACACAGGCAAUGAGUGGGCCUCUAGUUCCUCGGAGGCCAACUCCCGCUGCCAGACGCCCACCAAGCAGAAGCUGAGCCCUGCCUCGUCCCAGCUCUUCGCGGUGGAGACGCCGCAGGAGCCCGUCGAGUGGACGGGCGCCGAGGAGUCGCUCUUCCGCGUGUUCCACGGCACCUACUUCAACAACUUCUGCUCCAUCGCCAGGCUGCUGGGAACCAAGACGUGCAAACAGGUCUUUCAGUUUGCGGUGAAAGAAUCACUUAUAACAAAACUGCCAACAAACGAAUUAAUGAAUCCAUCCCAGAAGAAGAAAAGGAAGCACAGGCUGUGGGCUGCGCACUGCAGGAAGAUUCAGCUGAAGAAAGAUAACUCACCUACCCAGGUGUACAACUACCAGCCCUGUGACCACCCUGAACACCCCUGUGACAGCUCCUGUCCUUGCAUCAUGACCCAGAAUUUCUGUGAGAAGUUCUGCCAGUGCAACCCUGACUGUCAGAACCGCUUUCCAGGGUGCCGCUGCAAAACGCAGUGCAACACCAAGCAGUGCCCGUGCUACCUGGCAGUGCGGGAGUGCGACCCGGACCUCUGCCUCACCUGCGGGGCCUCCGAGCACUGGGACUGCAAGGUGGUCUCCUGCAAGAACUGCAGCAUCCAGCGGGGGCUCAAAAAGCAUUUGCUGCUGGCACCCUCUGAUGUGGCUGGCUGGGGGACGUUCAUCAAAGAAUCCGUGCAGAAGAAUGAAUUUAUCUCUGAGUACUGCGGUGAGCUUAUUUCACAGGAUGAGGCCGACCGGCGAGGCAAGGUCUAUGACAAGUACAUGUCGAGCUUCCUCUUCAACCUCAACAACGAUUUUGUUGUUGAUGCCACACGCAAAGGAAAUAAAAUCCGCUUUGCCAACCACUCUGUGAACCCCAAUUGCUAUGCCAAAGUUGUGAUGGUGAAUGGAGACCAUCGGAUAGGAAUCUUCGCCAAGAGGGCCAUCCAGGCGGGAGAGGAGCUCUUCUUUGACUACAGGUACAGCCAGGCAGAUGCCUUGAAGUAUGUUGGCAUAGAGAGGGAGACGGAUAUCAUCUAGGCCCGGUGCUGGGUGGCCCCGGCACCCCUCGCUGCUGCACCUCUAAGCAAUGCCAUGUUUGCUUCACGCUUACAUGACUGCUGCCAGUGUUCCCAUUGCUGUGUGUCACCAGUGCUACAUUCCAUCCCGACACGGGCCAGGGCUGCUCGGGCACGGAGCGUGAGGUGGCUGCACCCACCGGGGGCAGUUUUGCCCAGCCCUGAGGUGGCGCAGGCACCAGAGCCUGAUGCUGUCGGUGGCCUCCGGGGCUGGACACUGCCUUGAUGUGGACCGAGGUGACUGGGGCCUGGAGAAGGACCUGCCAGGAGCUCUCAGAGGCUCUUUCCACUUUCCACCAGCGGCUGGAAGAAGAGCAGGUGAAGGGAGCACCUGCCCCAAGGUGCAGAGGGCCGAGCGUGGAGGCCCUGGGCCUCUGCUGCCUCCUGCUGCACGUUUCAUCCUGUCGCUGAGGCCACAGGGACGUGGUUGGAAAUGCAGAGACUUGGCCCCGCGCCUGCACGUGUGGCCACAGCAGUCGCUGGCCCCACAGCUGCUGCCAGCGAGUCCGUGUGGCAUCAGCCAUGGGGCUACGAGCAGUACUAUGCAAAAAGUCACUUUUGGUAGGAGCUGAUCAGAGCUGCUCAGAGACAAAGAACAGGAGAGAGGAUUUGCUGCAAGCAGCAGAGGAACGAGUUUCCCCUUGGACACUUCUGGAUCUGUGGGAGCAGAUCCCCUGGGGCUCCGGGCCUCCCUGCUGGCAGCAGCUCCUGGGCGCUGCUUAGCUGGGCUCGAGCAGGGCUCGACAGAUCUCACCGGCUGAGCGGGGAGGAGGGGGCCUCCUAAGUAGGGGGGCUCCUAACAAAGGGGUUUCUCGCGCUCUGGUCACUGGCUCCAGGGAGAAAAGGGGAAAUGUUCUCGGUUGAGAUGGGGUUUGGCC